AUGAUACUUCUUUUCCCGUUAUUAUGGGCCAUGGUCCUGUCCGCCAUGGGCGGCUACGUUCCACCCGGGCCGCGGUUCAGGUGUCCCAAGGAAUCUAAGUACAUCUACCCCUGCGUGUGUCUUCGUGGCAGCGACAGAGGCCUUUACGUUCGUUGCGAGAACACCAAUCUCGCCAGCCUCAGCCUGGCGUUCUCCAAUUUAGGCAACGAGGGCAUGCCCAUCGAGGAGCUAAUUUUGUACAAAUGUAAUAUAGGACGUUUUUACGGUCCAGCGCUUUAUCCCCUGGACGUUCGAGUCCUAAAGUUCGUCGACACGCCUUUGGGACGGAUCGAGGAGCACAGUUUUCUCGGCGUGAACAGGACGCUCCAGGAGCUGUACGUGAUAAACAGCGUUCUGGAAAAAUUCCCGCGCGAGGCUUUGCAGAUAUUGGGAAACCUGAGUAUCCUGAGCAUCGCCGGUCAUCGAAUCGCCACUCUGCCGGCGGACAGCUUCGCCGAGAGCGCGGCGGCGGCUAAAAUCGAAAAACUGGAGAUCAGUAACGGAACCCUGACCUCCCUUCCGGUAGAAGCGUUGACUGCUUUGAAGAAGCUGAAGAGACUCGAUCUCCACGGCAACGAGAUCAAGGAGCUACAAAGGAAUCAGUUCAAAGGCCUGAGGGACACCGAGUACGUGGACCUGUCCCACAAUUUGAUCAACAAGCUGGACGGUUCCCAUUUGGCCGACCUGACUAAAAUGGGUUGGUGCAAUCUGUCUCACAAUGCGAUUGCGGACUUGAAGAGAGGCACCUUCGCGAGGAACUCGCUGUUGAAGGUGCUCAAUCUGAGCCACAAUAAAAUCAGAAAACUCGAUUCCAACACCUUUCGCGGAAUGCGUUUCCUGGUAAGGCUGUUCUUGAGCGACAAUCAGAUCAACGACAUUGGCAGAGGAACCUUCGGACCGGUCACGAGGAUAGGCACCAUCGACCUGGCCAGGAACUUUAUCAAGAAAAUCGAUUACCAGAUGUUCAAUCAACUGCAAUUUGCCGAGUUGUUGGACGUCUCUGAGAAUUUCGUGACCGUAGUGGAGAAGUUGUCAUUCAAGGAUAUCUUUCUGGCGAAGGUCAACUUGUCGCAUAACGAGAUCGCGAAGAUCGAGCCGGGAGCCUUUGAGAACUGCGUGAACAUGACGGUCCUGGAUAUAAGUCAUAAUAAACUAGACAAUAUAUCCAGAUACUCGUUUGACAGCACGACCUAUGCCACCGAAUUGCAGCUGAGUUACAACCAAUUCACUGCUCUAAACCAGGUGCCUUUGCACAAUAUGACUGGCUUGAAAAUCCUGAACGUCUCCCAUAAUCUGUUACACUCGGUGCCCCGCCAGACCUUUCCGAAGCUUUACGAGCUCCACACGAUCGAUUUGUCCUACAACAACUUAUCCGAGAUACACAACGCGGUGUUCCAAACACUGUUUAGUUUACGGUUCUUGAAUCUGUCGCAUAACUCUCUCGAAAAGAUUAAACCGUCGACGUUUGGUCCGUUGCCAACACUCCUAGACCUGGACAUGAGUUACAAUCAGCUGAUCGACGUCGCCCGUGGCAGUCUGACUAGGUUGCCAAGCUGCAGAGUCCUAACUGUCAGGAGCAACCGAUUAACAAAGAUCUUUCAGCUGCCAAUCUCCUUGGCCUCUUUGGACUUUUCAGACAAUUUACUCGAGGAGAUACCCAUCACGGACAUCUGGCCGUCGAUGAACGCUCUCCUUUCGUUGGACCUUUCCAGGAAUCGGUUGGCCGAUAAUCUCAAGUAUGGAAGCUUCGAGAACCUGCUCACCUUGAGGACCCUGGACCUGCAGUCGAACAAUAUGACGAAACCACCUUGGGAGGCGCUGAGCAGUCUAAACAGCUUGCAGUAUCUUCACAUGCAGGACAAUCAGCUAACUCAGCUAGGAAAGUCAGCAUUCGGACGCCUGCCAAUAGUGUUCGAGCUGAAUCUGGCCAAUAAUCGGAUAUCGAACGUGAGCAGCCGGGCUUUCGAAGGGUUAUUGCAACUGCUGACGUUGAAUUUGACAAGCAAUGAACUUAGUCAUAUUCCAAACGGAGCGUUCCAGGGUCUCGUUUCCCUAAGAACGCUCGAUCUUUCGCACAAUAAACUAGAGAGUCUGGACAAUAAGACUCAUGGGCUACUAGACGAUUGUCUAUCCCUGGAGAGGCUCAAUCUCAGCCACAACAAAAUCUCUUUCGUCACCAGGAAAACCUUUCCAAACGACCCGUGGAUCCCUUACAGGCUGAAAGACAUUGAUAUAUCGUACAACACUAUGCCUGUGCUGACUUUCGAACUUACCAUCGGCACGAAGAAGGUGCAGUCGUUGAACAUCAGUCACAACAAUAUUAACGAGAUUCGAAGAUAUGUGAUCGGGAACUUGACGGCCAUAGAGACGCUGGAUCUUUCCUACAACGAGAUCAACGACAUUUCCGAAAAGGACAUCUUCGAUCCACCGUUGAAUCUGACUAAUCUGCACCUGAGUCACAAUCAUCUGAGCCAUAUACCGCUAAACAAAAUUCUACUGUUGCCGAAUUUGAAGAUCCUCGACGUGGAGUCCAACGAGAUAGGCAUUUUCGACGACGACUUUAUGAAGAUCAUAGAAAAUGGCACGAAACUACAGUAUUCUGAAAACCCAUUGCACUGCGACUGUUACGUGAGGCCCCUGAAGAGGUGGCUGAACACGCACACCGAAAUGCCGAAGGAGUGGUCGAACGUCAGCUGUCGAACUCCACAUUUCCUCGCGGGGAAGCUCAUAUUGGAAGUCACAGAGGAUUUGAUGGGUUGUGGAGAAAGGGAGGUCAAGGAGUAUCCGGAAUUCGACAUCACCCCAGACGUGAAAUAUCGAAAUAUCGAGUACAACGAGGACGACAAAAGCUGGAAGGCAACCUGGUAUGUGACGUCGCGAGAAGACAUCGGUGACUUCUACGUGGUGGUACGCGAAUCCGGAAGCAGCAAGUCGGCCAUAGAGAAAGAUCUCGUCUAUAGCGAGCGAUCAUUCACGAUUCAGGAUCUCCAGGACUCUAGGUCGAAGUACGAGCUGUGCGUGCUCGCGAGGGACUCCGAAGGAAACGUUAAACACUUUCGGAGCUCUCAGUGUCAGAUUUUGACGCAGAAUGCGUUCGACUCAUCGACGAAGUUCACGGGUGCCUUGUCCUUGAUCCUAAUCGUCAUGUCCUGCGGCUUUCUAGCGUGA